AUGAAUUACCGAAUUAAUUUCUUGAUUAUCAUUGCGAAUUAUGUCGUGGGUACCUACGGGUUGUUCUUUAGUGGUGUUGGAGUCUGCACUAAACAACAAGAGGUUACCAUUAAUGGUACCACAUCAGUACGUACCUUGAAUGUUUGCUGUAAGGGAUAUAAACCAGAUGGCACUAGAAACAUCUGUACCCCUGUUUGUACCAGAAUGUGUAUACAGGGUACCUGCACAGCUCCGGAUACCUGUACCUGCAAACCUGGGUACUCGCAGGAUUCACGAAAUAAAUACAUGUGUAAUGCGGUGUGCUCCCAAGGUUGCUCCAAUGGGUUCUGUGUCUCCCCGGAAGUCUGCCGUUGUAAUAAUGGCUUCUCCCCGAACCCUAACAAUGAGAAUAAGUGUACCAAGAUGUGUACCACUAAAAGAGGAGAUAAAUCAGGGGCUUGUACCUGUGAUAGAGGUUAUAAUCGUGUGGAGGAUAGUAACUUCUGUGCGGCGAUUUGUAGUAAACCUUGUGUCAACGCGGAUUGCUCCCUACCUGAAACCUGCUCCUGUUGGAAAGGGUUUACCAGGGAUUCUAGGAAUAGGAAUCAAUGUAAUCCAAUGUGUAAAGAUGUUGAUUGUACAAAUGCUGUGUGUACAGGGUUGAAUGAAUGUACCUGUAAUGUGGGUUUCGUCAAAGGGGAUAAUAAUACCUGCGUUGAGGAAGUGGUCAAAUGUGACCCUGAUUGUUUUAAUGGAGAAUGUAUUGAGGGGAAGUGUGUUUGUAACAAAGGGUAUGCUUCCAAUGAAGGUGAGAGUCAUAACUGUCAACCUGCUUGUACCAAAGAGUGUGUGAAUGGGAAGUGUACCAAUGUUGAUGAAUGUACCUGCAAUGAUGGAUUUACUAAGGAUCAAGGUGAUCCAUUCCUGUGUAUCCUAAUGGCAAGUUGUUCUAAACCAUGUGUGAAUGGGGAGUGCUCCGGAGUAGAAACCUGUACCUGCAAGGAGGGUUACCAAGUUGAUCCAUCUGAUGAUUUCAAUUGUCUACCUAUUUGCCUGACCACGUGCCAAAAUGGACUCUGUACGGGACCUAAUGAAUGCACCUGUAAUGAAGGUUUUGAACAAGAUGAAGAUAACCUUUGUUCCCCUGUAUGUGCCAACUGUCAAAAUGGUCUCUGCACAGCUCCUGAAGUAUGUACCUGUAAUGAAGGUUAUAUUUCUGAUGAUUUGGGAUCAUGUAAACCCUUUUGCAAAGAAGAUUGUGUUAAUGGUGAGUGUACAGGUCCCAACAAAUGUUCCUGUUCUCCAGGGUACUCCACAAACCCUAACAACCCUAAUGAAUGCCAUGCCAAAUGCUCCAAGACUUGUAUCAAUGGACAAUGCUCAGCCCCGGAUACCUGCACUUGUAACAAAGGUUAUAUCUUGGACGAGGAUAACAAAUAUGUCUGUAUCCCUACCUGUUCGAAACCCUGUGUGAAUGGGGGUUGCUCCAAGUUGGAUACCUGCAAUUGCUUCAAGGGAUACACCCUUAACCCAAAGAAUAAGUUUCAAUGUGAUGCUGUUUGCUCCAAAGAAUGUGUUAAUGGUCAUUGCUCAGAACCUGAGACCUGCACAUGCAACAAAGGUUAUGAACUUGAUCCUAACAACCCUUAUUUAUGCAAUGCUACUUGUCUACAACCCUGUAUCAAUGGGGAUUGUACCAAAGUUGAUGUAUGUACCUGUCAUAAUGGUUACGAAUUGAAUUCUGAAGAUAAAUUUCAAUGUGACCCUGUUUGCGGGGAGGAAUGUAUCGAUGGACAAUGCACAGGUCCGGAUACAUGUACCUGCAACAUAGGGUUUGAGUUGGAAGCAGGUAGUAAGAGUAAAUGUGUACGUAUAGAAAAAUGUACCCAGGAAUGCAUAAACGGGAUCUGUAAUGGUAUAGAUAUCUGUCAAUGUAAUGAAGGUUAUGUUCUUUCUAAGAAGGAUAAAUUUACCUGUGUCCCUGUUUGUACCUCACCUUGUAUUAAUGGUGAGUGUGUGGCUCCGGAUACCUGCAAAUGUAAUGAAGGUUUAGUGAUGGACCCAAGUGAUAAGUACACCUGUGGACAGAAAUGUUCCAAACCCUGUAUUAAUGGAGAAUGUAUUGAUGGUGACCUGUGCAAAUGCAAAGAGGGUUACACUCAUGACCUGGAAGAUAAAUAUUUAUGCUCAGCAGUUUGUAGUGAACCAUGCAUGCAUGGGAACUGCACAGCCCCGGAAACCUGCACCUGUCACAAAGGAUACUUCCAAUCUGCAGCUAGCAAAUACCAAUGUGAUCCCAUCUGUACCAAACCCUGUAUUAAUUCAAAAUGCACAGCCCCGGAUACUUGCUCUUGUAAUUCAGGGUUGGAUCCUGACCCAGUUGAUAAAUUUGCUUGCAUUGUAAGCUGUUCCAAACCCUGUAUAAAUGGGGUUUGCUCUGCGAAGGAUACCUGCACUUGUAACUCAGGAUAUACCAAGGACCUCUUCAAUAAAAUGAAGUGUAACGCCAUCUGUUCAAGUCUCUGUAUUAAUGGUCAAUGCACCGCACCGGAAACAUGUACCUGUCGUGCUGGUUACGCUCUGGAUGACACCAACAAAUACCUGUGUAAACCAGUCUGUUCAGAACCUUGCAUCAAUGGGAACUGCAUUGGUCCCAAUAUUUGCGGGUGUUCCCCUGGGUUCAAGAAAACCAGUAAGAAUAUGUGUACUGCCAGUUGUUCGAAACCCUGUGUUAAUGGGAAGUGCACAGGUCCUAACAUGUGUACCUGUGAUCCGGGAUUCAAACCAGAUGCAGGUGAUCCCAAUAAAUGCAAUGAUUGUGAUGGUAAACCAUGUGCAGAUGCUCCAGUACCCAUUCUUCCAAGUAAAGCCGCAUGUGAAGCUUCCUGUAAAACCGGAAGUAUCUGUAAAACUGAUCCAGUUACCAAAGGUUUCUUCUGUGAACCUCAAUGUCCAAAUGGUAUGGUCUUUAAUGAAGAAACCAAUAAGUGUAUGGCUGCUAAACCAUGCCCACAGGGUUGUGGGAAUGGGGAAUGUCAGGAUGGGGAGUGUAUCUGUAAUGUGGGAUUCAUGGGUGAGACCUGUGAGAAUGAAACCAGCGAGAUUGCUGCUGCAAUGAGUUCCAUGUGGAUGACCGUCGGAAUCGUCGCAGGCGUCAUCUCCAUCGCUGGUAUUACCGGUUAUGUCGGCUACACGCUGCGGAAGAACUGGGCGAAUCCACACACAGCGCCAGAUGUUGAGAAAAGUGAGUUUACUCAACGACUUCAACUCAAAUCAUUAAAAUUUCAAUGUUUAGACGCAGCUGGAAUUCCGGUCGUCUCGCACAUCAAGGAAGACGGUCAACGUCACAUCCCAGUCUGGGGAGGUGGAGAAGUAGUUGUCUCACGAAGUUAAUCACUAUAUUAAAUUAAUUAUUUGUUAAAUUUAUUAAAACCUAACCUAUAAAUCUUAGAUAAUUUGAUAUGAAUAUAAAUAUAGCAUUGAAGGAUACAA